GUGACAGUAUCAAAACAUUUACAUGAUAUAAAUUUCAGUUUUCUCCGAAUUUUUUUGAAUUUAUGAUUCUUCUUCUCGUUUGUUGGUAUCUAACAAGAAAGGAAAUUCUGUAAUCCCUAUAAUCCAUCUUGGGUCACACGUUGUUUUCAAUCAUCCCUUUUAUCUUUCCAUUGUUUCACGAUUCUGUUUUUGGAUUUUUGGAUUUUUGGAUUAGCAGAAAAUGACUUUGGUGAUGGAUGAACAUAAGAUGAAUGAUAAAUUUCCUAUUGGAAUGAGAGUUCUUGCUGUUGAUGAUGACAGAACUUGUCUCAUGAUUUUGGAGAAACUUCUCCUUAAGUGUCAAUAUCAUGUAACCACGGCUCAAAAUGCGAUAACCGCGCUGAAUUUGUUGAGAGAAAACAAAAAGAAUUUCGACUUAGUAAUCAGUAAUGUUCAUAUGCCAGACAUGGAUGGAUUUAAGCUUCUUGAGCUUAUUGGACUUGAGAUGGACCUACCUGUCAUAAUGUUUUCUGCAAAUGAUGAUCCAAAGAUGGUGAUGAAAGGAAUUACUCAUGGAGCUUGUGAUUAUCUGCUGAAACCUGUUAGAUUGAAGGAGGUGCAAAUUAUUUGGCAGCAUGUGAUUCGGAAGAAGAAAAGUAGCAAAAGAAGCAAUUCAGAUAGCGGAAAUGGAAUAGAUUCGGCUGUCACGGGAAGUUCGGAUCAAAAUGCAAGGCCACAUAGAAAAAGAAAGGAUAAGAAUGAAGAUGAGGAGGAGGAGGAGAAUGAAGAUGAUGAUGAUGACGAUGAGGAUCCAUCAGCGCAGAAGAAGGCUCGAGUUGUUUGGAAUGCUGAGUUGCACCGCUUGUUUGUUUCUGCUGUUAAUCAAUUAGGCAUUGACAAGGCUGUGCCGAAAAAGAUUCUUGAUUUGAUGAAUGUUGAAAAACUUACAAGGGAGAAUGUUGCCAGCCAUCUUCAGAAAUAUAGACUCUAUCUAAAAAGAAUUAGUUGUGGGGACAACCAACAAGCUAAUAUGUCAGCAGCCUUAGGAAAUUCCGCAGAUACAUCCUAUUUCAGAAUGAAUUCUCUCAAUGGAGUUGGAGGACAUUUGCCUACAAUGAACGGCGGCUCUACGCAGUUUCACAACAAUCCAUUCAGACCCUUUCAAUCUAGUGGUAAUAUGAGUAACAGAUUGAACACACCUGCUAAUGUCAAUAUUCACGGAUCCUACCAACCAGCCAUAACUCGCGCCAAUCCAAACGAUAUUCAGAGAACUCCAAUUCCUCCUGUAGGGCUUGAUCAAUUGCAACACAAUAGAGGUAUUAACAUUAGUCCUAUUCACAACAUAACCAACAAAUUUCCCGAUUAUAGAUCAAAAGCACCGAUGAGUUGCACUCCUUCUUCGGUUUUGGAUAUCUCAAACAAUCCAAUGAUGAUGGAAUCAAACUCUUUUUCUUUCCCUUCACUUGAGAAAAGAAGAUUCAAUGAUGUUUGGUCAAGCAAUAUGCAAUUACCUGGAGUUACUAGUAACGCGCCAUUUCAAGGUUGGGAUAAUAACCAUAAUAAUCAUGAUGGAAAUUACCAUUCUAAUAAUGUAAUUGGCUCUUCUGUGAUUCCUGCUGUGAACGCCGUCGAACAAGAAGAAAACUUGGACUACAAUUAUUGUGAUUCCUUACAAAUGAGAGAUAAUCGUAUCCCGGAUUUAACUGAAGGGUCGUCGAUGAAAGCACAUCAAGUAUAUAUGAUGAACCAGAUGAAGUCACAAAACAAUGGAAUCCCUAAGAAUAUCAGUUCACUCGAAGACGUCGUCAAUGACAUGGUUAAACAGAAACAGUUAUAUCCUUAGUUCUCUGGAGGAACAUCAAUGUGACAGCAAGAUUGUUGAUGAAUUAUCUAGAGUGACAGCAAGAUUUUUAAUUUCCAGCAAGAGUUUUUUUUCUUCAGAAUAUGUGAAAACAUAUUGUUGUUCACUUGCUUAAUAGCACUUUUUGGAGUUGAUACAAUUUUCUUAUUUUGUGUAGACAUUUUUUUUUCUUGCUACAAAUGACAAUAAAUAUUGGCCUAUGA